AUGAUGCCUCUACGCCUGCGCGGGCGGGCAGAAGGGGGCGGCGAGGCCAACGUGGCGUUCGCGGGCGGGGCAGGAGAGGAGCAGAGUGGAAAGUCUUGCGUCACGCGGCCACGCCCCCCGCGGGCCUGCCUGACGCAACCGCGUCGUAACCCCCGCCUCUUCCCCGCCUCCCUUCCUCCCGCGCCCAAUCGCCCGCCCCGCAAGCGGCAGCGCCUGGCCCACCUCAGCCCGGAGGAGAAGGCCAUGCGCCGGAAGUUGAAGAACCGGGUGGCUGCCCAGAGUGCCCGUGAUCGCAAGAAGGCACGCAUGGGGGAGCUGGAGCGGCAGGCGGUGGAGCUGGAGGCCGAGAACCAGAAGUUGCUAGCCGAGAACCAGCUGUUGUGGGAGCGAACGCACAGCCUGGCCUUGGAGAACCAGGAGUUGCGCCUUCGCCUCGGCCUCCCUGCCCUGGAGAGCAGCGAGGGGGCCACCAGAGCAGCCGCCGCCCCCGCCCCCCUGGGGGUCAAAGUGGAGACGCCCCAUCCCCACAAGGAGGAGGAGGAGGAGAAAGAUGAGGAGGAGGAAGAGGAGAGGGACGGGACCCUCUCCCCCAGGUCGGCGACCGGGUCCGCUGAGUCUGCAGCACUUAGAACGUGUUCCUCUGCAGCAGGAACAGGCCCAGCCGUCGCCUGCCUUGGGGGUGCAGGUGGACCCCUCUAUCUGGAUGUGGACACAUCUGAUUCUUCAGACUCUGAGUCUGAUCUCCUUCUGGGGCUUCUGGACAGCCUGGACCCAGACCUGUUCCUGGGCUGCCCCGGCCUGGACCCAUCCUGCCUGGAGAAGCAGCAUCAGCCGCCACCAGAAGCGCCUCCUCGGGGAGAAGCGGGUUCCUUACCAGCCUCCCCCGGUUCCCCUCUGGGGGCCUCACCAUCCCAGCUGGAGGCCAUUAAUGAACUGAUCCGCUUUGACCACGAGUACACCAAGCCCUUCUUCCUGGAGUUGGUGAGGAUCGAAGAGGCGGCCGCUUCCCCCGCGGAGGGGAGCCCCCUCGAGCCCCCCGUCUCUGUGAAGGAGGAGGAGCCCUCUGAGGGUCUCUUCCCGCAGCUGGGGAUCUCGCACCUCCUGGCCUCUGACCGGUGGCCGGCCGGCCUGCUGGAGGCUGCCAGUGACUCCGGCUACGAAGGCUCCUCUUCCCCCUUCAGCGACCUGGCCUCCCCCCUGGAGCCAGAGUACACCUGGGAGGAGGCCUUUGCCAAGGAACUCUUUCCCCAGCUGAUCAGCGUGUGAAGGAGGGCCAGGCUUCUCCAGCCCCCUCCCUCCUGCCUCUGCGCCCCCGUCCUCUCCCCCAAACACACACAUACACACACACACCGAGCCAAAAGGGCAGUUGUCUGGAAGGAACAUUCCUCUCAAAAGUGUUUUGAGCGCCACACGAAGUAUUCGUCCCGUGGGCCCCUUUCCCUGCCUGACCUUUGCCAAACAGAGGGGGUCUCAGAGCCCCCCCUCUUCAGAGAGUUCCGUUUCCUUGGGUGAGAACACUGGGACACAUGGAGCGCAUGCGCAGUUAUUGAAGGGUCCCUCCCAUGCGUCUCUCCUUCCAUUGUGUAAAUAAGAUGAGGUGGGAAAUAAAUCUUUUGUAAAGAAAUAUAUAUAUAUACAUGCUUUUUCGACAUAGCUUAUUUUCCUGUUGCUUAUUUAAAAAUCAUGUGUGCAAUUAAAAUGCAAUGCAAGGGA